AGAGGCGAAGACCUCAAAGUCUCUUCACGUGGAACAAACUUUUCAAUUCUUUUUUUAAACAAAUCAUAUCAUAUAUCAUAGUAUCAUUAUAUUCUAAGUAUCUUACGAAAUAGAAAAUUUUAGGGAGAAGCACAAGGAAGAUGAGCCACUUCAGCAGCUGCAGCAAUCUCAUGAUGAAGUUCAUUUCCAUCUUCAUCAUCUUGCUUCAUUUGUCAAUGGCUAAUGGAUACAAGAAUAUUAUUAAACCAAAUUACGAGUUGUUCAGCAGAAAGGAACUCGCGAGAUUGGCUGGUUAUGGAGAGGAUAAGCUUUCUACUGUUCUAAUCACAGGAACUGUUCUUUGCAAGGCUUGUUUGCAUGGCGAAACUCUGCUUCGAACAUGGCCAGUUUCAGGUGCUUUGGUUACUAGCAACUGUGACAUGAAAGCUAAGAGGAGAAGAACAAAUUCUGCAAAAGUUGUCACUGAUGAAUACGGAGAAUUCCAAAUUGAUCUUCCUUCCCAUCUCCAUGCAAUUCCUAACCUAGAUAGAAUAUGUUCUGUCAAGGUUUUGAGAAUGUCAAAGAACUCAGCCUGUUGGCCUGCCUUUACAAGGAAACACAAGUCUUUAACAUUAUCGUCAGCUAGGAAUGGCAUUCGCAAUUACACUGCUGGAAAUAUUACACUUCUGCAUUUGAGAUCUAGACCUUUACUAGCUUGUACUAAUAGGGAGAUAAGUGUUUCAUAAUAGAUACCCAAUUCUUGAGUAGAGGAUUGGGAUAUAGCCCUAAGGCUCAUUUUUGGAUGGCGCUUUAGUCACAAAGAUGAGUUGAUAGUGUUCAAAUCCAGUCAUCAGUUUUAAAGUUCAUAUGGAGAGAGAGAGAGAGAGAGAGAGAGAGGGAUGCUGCUAUGGCUUGCAUG